AUGAUAAAUUCCAUGCAGCUACCUGCAGAGAAAAUCCUGAGAAUAAGCGUGGACAAAGAAAGAUUACUUCAAUCAAAACAGAAAACACUAGCAUACAUUUUAGUGUCAUCAUCACAUACUGGAGAAGUUCUAGCAUCUGUAGUGAAAUCAGUAGCUCUAGAUUGGAACAUAGAUAAUAAACUUUUUGAUGUAGCUGCUGAGAAUGCUAGAUCCAAUGAUGUUAUGAUGGCAAAUAUGAAGUCAUGGCUUGAUAGCAAAGAUUUUCUAGUUCUUAAUGGGGAUUUGUUCCAAAUGAGGUGUAGUAAUCAUGUAUUGCUCUUGAUUGUGUUGUGUGGAAUGAAAGUAGCUGCUCCAUUUAUAAAUGCAAUUAGAGAGUACGUGAAUUAUGUCAAGUCAAGUCAUGCUAGAAAAGACAGAUUUGAAUGUGUUAUUCCGCAAGUUAAGCUUCCUGCUUCAAGGUCUGUUGGUUUAGAUGCGGAUACCAGGUAG